GAAAUGAGAGCAUAAACCCUCAAUAAGAGCAAUAACCCAAUUUUGGCUUUCAAAUCAACAAGGAUGCUAGUCAAAGCUCGAGCUUUAUCAUCUGCUUUAAUAUUCAAAUUUAAUGGUAAUGGCUUUCUCUUUCAAUACUCAACAACUGCCCCAACAAACCAUUUCAUGGUGAAGUACCUCAUCAACUCUCUUGGAUUCUCCAAAGAAGAAGCUAUUUCUUCAUCUGCUAAGGUAAGUUACCAUAUAAAUACCGACAAGAAUCCAGAUUUAUUCAUCAAUUUCUUGAAACAAACAGGUUUUAGCAACACCCAAAUCAAAAUCUUGGUUUCCAAGUCUCCAGAUUUGCUAUUCUAUGAUGUUGAGAGGAUCCUUAAACCCAAAUUACACUGUCUUACAGAACUUGGGUUGUCUGGUUCUGAUAUAGUCAAAAUCCUAUUAAGAGAUUGGACAUUUUUUAGUAGAGGAUUAGAUACUCAUAUAAGACCUGUUAUAAAAUGUCUUAGAAUUUUAUUGGGUAGUGAUGAAAAUGUGGUUAAGGUUAUAAAGAAAACUUCUUGGUUGAUUAGUUACAAUGGUGGUAUAACUAUACAAGAUUGUCUGAAUUUAUUGCAAUCAGUUGGCUGCUCAAAUGAUAAGAUCAAGAAUUUUGUGCUAACACGGCCCGGAAUUCUUAAACUUGGUGCCAAGAAGCUUGAGGAAACGCUGCAUAGGGUGGAAAAAGAAUUUGGCGUUUCUCCUGACUCGGCAAUGUUUCUCCACAUUGUUAGUGUGCUUGCUAGCCACAGUAGAUCUAAUUUGGACAAGAAAGUUGAAAUCUUUAAGAGUUUUGGGUGGUCUGAUUCGGAUGUCCUCACCAUGUUGCAAAAGCUACCUUACUGUGUAGGCCUAUCAGACGCAAAAGUUCGAACCGCAUUGACAUUUUUGAUGAACGAACUCGGGCACGAAUCUGUUUACAUCGCUUCUCGCCCUUCGCUUUUAAUGUGCAGUUUGGAAAAGAGAGUAAGGCCCAGGUAUGAAAUCUGGAAACUUGUCAAUGAAAAGAAACUGACAAAGUGUAAGUGGGGUUUUUACACGGUCGUGUCAUGUCCUGAAUCAAGGUUUUUGGAGAAGUAUGUACUGCCUUUAAAAGCUGAACUGCCUGACUUGUAUGAUUUGUACAUCAAGAACAUUGGAAAAUAGAUACUAUUUAGCUUUGUUUAUUCUUUUGAUGGACACGCAUAGCUAUCUUAGUUUGCAGCUAGGCAAAAUGAAUUUUAUUUAAUCAGAUUACCAUUUCUCUUUGAGA